UAAGCGCGCCCUGAGAACAAGUCCUUUCCCUAGUGCUGCUAAGACUACAUUUCCCAGGAGGCAAAGCGGCAGCGGCGGCGGGGGUGUACGCGGCGCUGCCUGAAGGACCCCAGGGUUGUCCAUGCCGCUGUGCUGCCGGCGGACCUGAAGUCCGAGCCUCGGGAGCCCGAUCCCGAUCCGUACCCGCCAUCCAAGUCUCUGCCGGAGCCCCGCAGAUAGCGGGGCCGCCCCUGCCCGGCCGCCAGAAUGCUGGAGGAGGCGGGCGAGGUGCUGGAGAACAUGCUGAAGGCCUCGUGCCUGCCCCUCAGCUUCAUCGUCUUCUUGCCCGCCGUGCUACUGCUCGUGGCGCCGCCGCUGCCCGCUGCCGACGCGGCGCACGAGUUCACCGUCUACCGCAUGCAGCAGUACGACCUGCAGGGCCAGGCUUACGGCACCCGGAAUGCCGUACUCAACACAGAGGCGAGGACGGUCGAGGCGGAUGUGCUGAGUCGCCGCUGCGUCAUGAUGCGGCUGGUGGAUUUCUCCUAUGAGCAGUACCAGAAGGCUCUCCGGCAGUCGGCCGGGGCUGUGGUCAUCAUCCUGCCUCGGGCCAUGGCCGCUGUGCCCCAGGAUGUCAUCCGACAAUUCAUGGAGAUUGAGCCUGAGAUGCUGGCCAUGGAGACCAUCGUCCCUGUCUACUUUGCAGUAGAGGACGAUGCCUUGCUUUCCAUCUACGAGCAGACCCAGGUGGCCUCAGCCUCCCAGGGCUCCGCGUCUGCGGCCGAAGUUCUUCUGCACACAGCCACAGCCAAUGGCUUUCAGAUGGUUACUAGUGGAGCCCAGAGCAAAGCUGUGAGCGACUGGCUCAUCACCAGUGUGGAGGGCCGGCUGACGGGCCUGGGCGGCGAGGACCUUCCCACCAUCGUCAUCGUGGCACACUACGAUUCCUUUGGCGUGGCCCCCUGGCUUUCUCACGGUGCAGACUCCAAUGGUAGCGGGAUCUCGGUGCUCCUGGAGCUGGCCCGACUCUUCUCCAGACUGUAUACCUACAAACGCACCCACGCGGGGUACAACCUGCUGUUUUUUGCCUCCGGUGGGGGUAAAUUUAACUAUCAGGGCACUAAGAGAUGGUUAGAAGACAACCUGGAUCACACAGAUUCCAGCCUGCUCCAGGACAACGUGGCCUUUGUCUUGUGCCUCGACACCCUGGGCCGGGGAAACGGCCUGCACCUGCACGUAUCGAAGCCUCCCAAGGAGGGGACCCUGCAGUAUGCUUUCCUCCGAGAGCUCGAGAUGGUGGCUGCCAGCCAGUUCCCAGAGGUGAGGUUUUCAAUGGUGCACAAGAAAAUCAACCUGGCUGAGGACAUGCUAGCCUGGGAGCACGAGCGCUUUGCCAUCCGCCGGCUCCCAGCAUUCACAGUCUCCCACCUGGAGAGCCAUCGAGAUGGGCUGCGAAACAGCAUCAUGGACGUCCGGUCCCGGGUAGAAUCCAAGACCCUCACCCGAAACACCAGGAUCAUUGCAGAGGCCCUGACCCGAGUGAUCUACAACCUGACCAAGAAGGGCACCCCUGCCGACCUUCAGAUCUUCACAGAGCAGAUGCAGAUCCAGCAGGAGCAGAUCGACUCCGUGAUGGACUGGCUCACCAACCAGCCCCGGGCCGCCCAGCUUGUGGACAAAGACAGUACCUUCCUCAACACCCUGGAAUACUACCUGAGCCGCUACCUGAAGGAUGUCAGACAGCACCACGUGAAAGCAGACAAACGGGACCCUGAAUUUGUCUUCUAUGACCAGCUGAAGCAAGUGAUGAAUGCCUACAGGGUCAAGCCUGCCAUCUUCGAUCUGCUCCUGGCCCUCUGCAUAGGUGCCUACUUGGGGGUGGCCUACUUUGCAGUCCAGCACUUUGGUCUCCUCUAUAAGACAGUACAGAGAAUAUCUCUGAAGAUGAAGCAGCAGUGACUUGUCCCUCCACUCCCCUCGUCCAGCAGCACUGAGCCAGGCACCCCGGAGGGAGCAGCCAGGAGCUUCCAUUCAGCCCAGCCCCGUCCGCCCGCGCGUCCCCCCCGGGACCCGGCCAGGACUCUGAACCCGGGAGCGUGGCCAGGCCCUGCCUGUGGCUCAUGCUAUCAGUGCACACCUGAACUCCAGAGCACCCCGAACGCCAGGCCUGGGCCCGGGUGCCCCUGGCUGGGCCCCGCAGGGCCGGGACGGCGGGGGAGCGGGGUUCUGCAGCAGAGCCUCUGCCUCUCCACAGCGGGCAGUGGGGUUCCGGUCUGGCCGCUGCCCCCCCGCCUCUAAGCCUCCUCUGAAGGGGCAUCGGACUGCUGACCACUCGGGGACCCUUCCGCGGCGGCUCCCUCCCUGGGACACACGCAGAGGGGGGAGGGCGGCCCCAGAAAAUGGGCCUUCUGCUUUCAAGUCACUGAACCUGGCAGGAGACUUUGGGUUUGCUGGGUCAGCCGUAGGGCUGGCUGGGACUCCGUGGUGGGAACAGUUAAUCACUCAGCUGUCCGGGAAGGAAACGGAGGGGUGCCCUGGGGUAGUGAGGUGCCCAUCCGGGGAGGCUCUGGAAGGAACUCAUUCAUGCUGGGGUGGGGGCGCCAGAAUGACUCCCUCCCUGAGUCCCCUCUCUUCCCCCUGGGGCUCCUGCUUGGCCUUGUGUUUGGGGAAAAGCUCAGGACUGUCCCUCGAAGACUGCCCCAUGGACGUCAGACGCGGCCUCCUGGUAUGGCCGUGUCCACACUCCUCUGUGGCUGCCUCUGCGUCCCCUUCCCUGGGGAGUUGGGUGAAACAGCGGGGAUGGAGGAGAACGUGGGCUUCAGGGCACCGGCAUCCCAGAGGUAAUGGGGGACUGGGAGAGGGGCAGUCUGGGAAAGCUUCCUGCAAGGGGCGAGCCCGGUGUGAGGCCUUGGAAACAGGAAGGGGAAAGCCCCCCCUGGUCCCCGCACCCCUCGCUCAGGGCAGAAGCCGGUUUCAGUGACCCCAGAGGCUCCAACACAAAGUUCGACAGCAGACGCUUGUGGAGGACGAAGGUUUCCAUCUGGCCUUCCUGCCCUUCGGCCUCCCCCGUCAUCGUUGGAAGGUGCCUCUCCCUGUUGGGAAGGACCAUCCUCGGCAUCCCCCUGCCUGGCCUUGGGCGGCCCUUGGGCCGUGGGGAGAGCCCAGACGGAGCUGGCUGCCCCCAUGAAGGAGCCCUUUCAGCACCCCGGACCGAGUUUCUUCUUUGAUGAGGCGGGCCAUGUUCCCGGCUCUGAUGAGGGGUUUCUGGGAGGAGAUUGGGGGGGACUCCAUGUCUCCUGCCACUCCUGGAUCCCUCCUUGAACCCCUUCACACAGGUUCCCCGGGGGCACACCUGGCCCUCCCUCCCCAGGUCCUGGGGGACGAACUCACCCACUGUCUUCCUGGGCCUCUCCGGACACAGGCCGGACAUGCUCCCUGUUUUUUAAAUUGUUUUAAGUGAGCACUGAUAUGUUUGGGCUAAGGAGUCUCUGCCUACGGUCGAUCCGUGAGGUCGAUAGAUUGAUUCAUUCAGGGUCCCUGCAAACUGUGGGAAGAAAUAACUUGGAAAAAUAAAGCCAUAUUGAAAGAUC